AUGCGUUUUAAUGUGGAAGUGGAGACCUGCAAAGCUGGGAACGAGCUGAGUUGUGCUUUGCUCCCCACCUACAUGCCAGCAGACUUUCAAAUUGACACAAAUUGGCAAAUUGGAAGGCGCCAGUUUCAACCACGUGCGCAGAUGCUUUUCCGUUUCAGCUGGCAGGUGGAAACGCUGCUUUUCAGCAAAUUCUCAACCAAGAAGACUGGGUUCCUGCCCACCACAGAAAGUGCAGGCUCGUCAGCGGAAGCAAGAUCCUGUCGAAAGCGUCCGGUCAAGAAUUGUUAUGCGUGCAGGGUCACCAUGCAGAACAUGUGUGAACAUCUCCAAGAGUUGAAGGAUGUUCCUGCAGUGCGUCAGAGUUGGAAGGCUUAA